CCUGGGGGCAGCUGUAGCACGACGCCCUCGUUUGGGCAGCGAUUUGGGGGCUAGGGAGCUGUGCGAUGCGAUCGGGAGAGCGGGCUAGUAUCUUACUGCCGCUAAGGCGGAUACCAUAACUUGCAAAUUUGCUGCGUCGACUCGCUACGGCAAGGCUACGCGCUCCCGUGCUGUUUUCGCUGCCCUGCCGUUGUCCUCGCAGCGCCGCCGCCACCGAUAAGGCAUGGCGUUCCUCCAAACGCAGUGGUGGCAGCUCCACGGACAAGGCUGCUUAACGUGGACGGCGGGCGGCCUCAUAAUAAACGAGCUCUUCAAGCGCUUCGGCUCCAAGCGCUCGCAAGAAGUCAUCGCCGGGAGCCCGCGCUUCAGCUGGUGGAACGGGGUCACGCACCAAUUUCUGGUGUUUCCCGUUUUAUGUGGCUUGUGCGUCGCGGAGCACGGCGGUCCUCUGACGGAGUGGCUCCGGUCGUAUGGCAAUGUGUACUACUUUCACCGAAUGUUCCACCACGCGUUCUUCGGGUACCUCGUAAAAGAUUUAACUUUACCCAUAACUCCAGUACUAUUGGCGCACCACGUCGUCUGCCUCGGGCUUGUGUUGGCUUCAUUGUGUGGCUACCCUUCAGACGUAUCCGCUUUAUUUUGUGCCUGCGUCACGUCGCUAGAGCUGGGCUCCGCGGUCUUUGGUCUGCAGUCGCAGUUUCCGAAAAACCGGACCUUGCACCUGUUGCUGUUCCCCUGGAUGACUUUAUCAAAUUUCGUCUCGGCGUCCUUCGGCGUCUGGUACUCGCUGCACUACGAAAAUGUCGGCAUGGCGUCGCGGAUCAUCUUCCCCGUCGUCGGUAUCGGGUUGUGUGCUGCCAGGCAGGCCGUCGAGAACGCGCGGUUCCGGAACUGGACGCCGUCGGGCAAAGCCGAUUAGUGUGUAAGUAGCUC